CAAUGCGCAAACGCGGCCACCGCUCAAAAGGCAUUGCAUGGUAAUUUGAGAUUCCGAUGUUGAUGCAAUUUUACUACCCCGACUUAAUGACAGAUUAUAUGCAAAACCCCAUUUUUUCAGGCUUGAAAACGUCUUAUUUACCGGGUGACUUAUUCGCCGGGAAAUAUGGUAAUUGUUUCAGAUGCGAUCUGAUGGUGGCGGAAACCGUGACCGACCAGUGGGUACGUGAAUCGCCCUACGGCGGCGAGGAGCAGACAAGUCCAGGCAACCGUGCAAAUUUACACUAAGUUACAUAAAUUUCGUAUUUUUCGAUCAAAGUCACGACAACAUGGGGUGUGGAGGCAGCAAAAGUGUCAAUAUAAGACAACAGAACGAGCCUCCUUACAAGCGACGCAGUGUAAAACGAGAUGAAGAAAACGGAGAACACUUGCCAGAAACUAAACAAAGUGACGUUCAAAUAGAGGAAAAAAACAACAAUCUUAAUCAAAAUCGAAACAGUAAUAAAACGAUUGAAAAUGUAUAUGAAACCGCUCAAGAACUGAAGACACAGAAAUUUACUAUCAACGGUCAAUUAGACUUGUCGUCCAUUUUUAGGAUUAUAAAACAGGCAGUCUACGUAGCGGAUCUCCAACAACUCACACUGCAAAAAGCCCAAAAUUUAGAACUUGAAGACCGAUUAAGGUAUGCCAGAUCUAACAUAGAAAAUCCGCCACCAAUAAGCGAAGAAGAAGCGGCAUCCGACAACCCACGAAGGUACCUACCGCCCCGAAAUGACGGUCGUGAGAAGGCGUGGGUGUUAUCGACCGAAGUUGACAUAGUUUUUGAUAUUUUUAUAAAGGGACAAUAUGUCAAAAAUUUAGAAAUACUGUCGAAAUUACAAGAAGAAUUCAAAGAUAUCGAAAAUAGACUGCGAGAGAUUUCAAUUUUGAAGAGCGGUGAAGCGUGAAUUACGCAAGUCAUAUAAGAGAAAAGUACUCAUUACAAAGCUGCUGACACACGUCUAGUAUGCAAAUCGUGGUCACAUCCCUCCAGUGUAGUAUGAUUUCUCAUGUCCUGAAUUGGCCAUGUUGAGCAAAUAUUAUUGAAUAUGUUAAAUAUAGAGGUUUAAUUCCCCCGGCAUGGCUCUCCAGUCUCCGCGGCAGU